CAAGCCCCGCCUGCUGCAGCUGAACAACAACCUGGAAACACUCAGCAUGUCUUGUUCAAACAAGCCAGCUCUGUAGCUCAGAUAGGGAAGGGUGGCGAAGGGCAGAAAGCUGGCGACUGGCAUUCAUGUGUCAAGAGACAUUUCUGCAACCACUGUCUUUCCUGAAGCCUGAGGAUCUGAGGAGGAGGAGGAGGAGGAGGCUGUGAGUCAGUGUCGUCUUACAUCCUGACCUGCUGAUCUGUCUGUGAGUGCUGGAGACACGGCAGUAAACUGAGGGGCGGCAACACUGGAUGGACAGAACAUGGGGUCAGAUGAGGCCUACAACUUUGUCUUUAAGGUGGUUUUAAUUGGAGAAUCUGGUGUAGGGAAGAGCAAUCUGCUGUCCCGCUUCACCAAAAACGAGUUCAACCAUGACAGCCGCACAACCAUCGGGGUGGAGUUCAGCACACGGACAACGCAGCUCAGCGGCUUCACCAUAAAGGCCCAGAUCUGGGACACGGCCGGACUGGAGCGAUACCGGGCCAUCACUUCUGCGUAUUACAGAGGAGCUGUUGGAGCCCUGCUGGUAUAUGACAUCACGAAACACCUCACCUAUGAGAGUGUGGAGCGCUGGCUGAAGGAGCUGUACGACCACGCUGACCCCCACAUUGUGGUCAUGCUGGUGGGCAACAAGUCUGACCUGGAUUCAGAGAGGUCUGUGCCCAACGAAGAGGCAAAAGACUACGCAGAAAAGAAUGGUCUUUUGUUUCUGGAGACGUCUGCUUUGGAGUCAACAAACGUGGAGGCAGCAUUCAACAAUGUCCUAGCAGAGAUUCACAGGAAGGCAAACAGUAAGGAAGUGGUUCGAGGCCCUAUCAGCGCCGUGACCUUGAACAGCUCCAGCGCAGAAAACACAGAGCAAGGGAAACCCUGCUGCAGGAACAUCUGAUCGCGGGGGCCACAGGUCGGGCGACAGUUGACCUACACCCACAACCCUGUGUUGAGCUCGACGACAAAGCAUGCGACACGGCAACCAUGGGGGCCAAUAUAAUUGGUUUUGGCUUAAGUGAUGCCUCUUUUUGUGCAAGCUGCAUGAUGGCAUAUUCAAAAGAUGACUCAUAUAUGUGAAUGAAUGUAGCUGGAGUCCAACAUCAAUCUUUUAAGAGUCCCCUACUGACUAUUGAACAUAGGUCAAAAGUUAAACACUUAACCGUGAAACCUGUAAGAUUAAAUAUUUAUAAUCCAUGCACAGAAUUGGAGAACCUCGGCUGCAUCAUGGUAAAUGUAAACGACACAUGACAGUUUUAAAGUUUGUUGGUUGGUGGCAGUGUGAGUCUUGCUGUCACUGCUGAGCUCCAGCUGAUGAUCGCGGAUCAGACUGAUUGUAAUUGUGUUGAAAAAUAAAUGAUUUAUGGAGAACAAGGGCGUGCUAUUUGUUUCUUGAGACAAAAGAGAAGUGUUUUUCUCAGAGGACAUUUUGACAUGUCAUAGUAUGAAAAGCUCAGGUGUUGAUAAGGUAUUGGUCCUUGUGCUUUUCCCACUGCGACUAGUCAAAAGUCUGCUCUGAUGAAGGCCUUUAGAAAUAAAGUUAUUAGGAAUACCAGAUUAGUAAUAUUUACCACCUCAUCAGGGAUUCAGUUCAAAUGAAAUGCUUGUUUUCAAUCACAGCAACGCACACACAGACUACUAAUAAAUCAUUUCUGAUGUAAGCUCAACUCUCUGGUAAACAUUAUUUGUUUGGUUUUGGGUUUCCGAUCCAGUCCUCUCGCAAACUGUUUCUCAUCAAACGCUUGGCUGCAGCAGAUGUUCUUAACCUUGCAGGAUCUCCAUAAUGAGGUCUAAAAACUCUGAAAGUGCAAAGAUGUGGAAACAAAAAAAUAAUUUUAGACAUACAGUAAGCAUCUCCGUCCGACAGAAUAGGUCAGGGGUAUGCAACCUUUUUCCGAGCAUGACAUUCAGUUUUCCUCUGACAGUGCUGGGAUAAUUAACUGGCCCAAUUACAGUUGGCGAAACGCUGCCAGAACGAUGAUGCACAUAGUGAGUGAGUGCACAGACCUCUUUAUGAGGCCGGGGAGAUACGGUAGAAAUGUUUUUUACAUCCUGCUGCAAAUUCGAUAACAGUGAAACUAAAACCAGCUGUCAGUUUUAUUGGUGGAUUGCCUGAUAAGGGACGGAGAAAACAAGACUUGAACAAACACAAGGUGUCAGCUGGUCAGUGUUAUCCAUGUCUGAUAUGAUAAAAAAGUGCCUCCCUGAGCACAACAACGUGACAACAGUGUGUAAAACCUGUGUGAAAUCUCAAUUUAUUGAUGAGUUUACACACUGACUGCAAGCUGUUUCAGGGACUUUCGCUUUCUGCCAAGAGUGAAAUUGUCCAAUAAUGUAUACAAUUACUGUGACUAUGUAUUAUAAUUAAAUUUUUACUCAUUAGUCAAUGUAUGCAUGUUAUUGUUUAUCUAGAUAAUAUAUACAGUGCAUGCUUUUAAUAUGCAUUUAUAGCCCACAUUUCAGGAGCAUCUUAGAUUCUUUAAUUACUGUCCAAUAGUUUAUUUUAAGCUUGUGUUUUGUGCUGGUGGGAGUGGGAAAUGUCAUUUUCAAAAAUAGCUAUAUUUUAUACAUUAUCAACCUGAUUUUAAUAUUUAGAAAGCACCAAAUCCAAAUUUCUGUCACUUUUAGUAUCCAUCUGGAUACCUUGAAUGACUGAAGUCUGCAUUUGAUAGCUUUAAAUGUCAUGAUUUCCAUUGUCUCAAUAAAGUUUUACUUGACAAAUAAAUACACUGUUUCAAAAUGAAAUGGCACAGAAUGUUGUCUUUCAGGAACUUCAGUAUAAAUGACCUGUUAGCAUAGAAAGAGGAGAAAGAAGAAGGGGGAAUUUGAUAAACCUGUUUUGCAUACAUUGUACAUACAUUUUACUUCCUCACUGUUUGGUGUCGACUGUAAAGGUCGUUUUCACAGCAGCCAUUUUGACAUGUCCUUGCAGGAAUUAUGGCCCUAUUCCAUUUAGGUGGGUCAGGGUCCUGGUAUUGUGCAUGGUGGCCAACUGGAAUAACUGUGACACACUAAAUAUGUGAAUGGAACACUGUUA